UUUACAAUAAUGCGGCAGUCUUAUGGGGUCUAGCUUGAGCCUUACUAACGCGGAUUCAUGUCAUGCUCUGAUUUCAUACGCUAUGCUACUAGAAACACGUGAGGGCGAGCGCGGGGCCGAGCGGCGACGCGGCGCGGGCGCAGCGGUGUCGCGCGGCAUGCGGCGCCGCCCGCUGCUGCCGCUGCUGCUGCUAGCGUUGCUGCGCUUGCAACAUUCUCUCGCCGCGUCCGGAGGUAAGAUGAUUUUCGCCGUGUACCUUCUACUCGUCACUUCUAAAUUAACGGAAGCUGAUUACACACUGGACGAUUCAUUUUGGAAUGAAGAGAGCCCAGUUGGUGAAGUCGAGCGGUUGCUUCGGGAGUACAGGCAGAAUCAGGAGCUGGUGCGCAACAUCGGCGCCCACUAUUACCAGAUCAUAUACCCGGUGCAGCUGCGGCACCACGAGAAGAUGGGCAUCUCCACCAGGGAGGUCAACACGCCGAAGGGACGGGGAUACGGUUCAGAUUACCAGCAGGGCACAAGGUCGCGUGCAAGGACGGGCAAACACUUUCACCGAACAUCACUCCUCAUCAAAGCUUUCAACCACAAGUUUAGAUUGGACCUCGAGCUUAACACGCAACUGCUAGCACCCAACCUCAAACAAACACAGUAUCUCGCAAACGGUGCUGAAAGUGACAUCAGAACGGAAAUCGAACACUGCUACUACCACGGCACUGUCAAAGACUACCCCGGCGCGUCGGCAGCCUUCCACACAUGCAACGGCGUCUCCGGGGUCAUUCACAUAGGCAACGAGACAUUCGUCAUACAUCCCUUCUACGGCGGUGACUUAUCGAAACACCCUCAUGUCAUCUUCGAGGCGCGAACAAAGGCCAACAAGGGGUGCGCCAACAAGUUGGAGUUCCGGCCGAAGAGCAGGAGGACGAAACACGUGACCUUCGUGGAGUCACCGCUCUCCGAUGACCCUGGGACCAUGGGCAACGGCCACUCCAAAGACGCGAACGACUGGCGCUGGUGGCAGAAAACGGACUUGGCGCUGAACAGGAGGACGCGUGACGUCAGGGAGACCACUAAGUACAUAGAGACAGCCCUGGUGAUAGACAAGGCUAUGUUCGACAGGAGAAACGGUAGCACCAGGGCCGAAGUUGUCCACGACGCGAUACAAGUGGCCAACAUUGCUGAUCUGUACUUCCGCACCCUGAACACGAGGGUGUCCCUGGUCUACAUCGAGUCCUGGCAGAGCGCGGACCAGGCCGACAUCGACAAGAAGCAGGACAUCACCAGAGCCAUCCUCAAGUUCAGCGACUACACGGCAAGGAAGCUGUUCAAAGUUGACAAGGACACUACCCAGUUGCUCACUGGCAUCACAUUCCCUGGCGGCGAAUCCGGCAUAUCAGUUCCUGACACGCUGUGCACCCCCAAAUCUGUGGGGAUAUCUGUGGACACCAACACUUACGAACCCCACCUGUUAGCUGGCACUAUGGCACAUAUGAUUGGACAUAAUAUAGGAAUGGGCCACGAUGACGGUAGAGAGCAGUGCUUCUGUCGCGACUGGCACGGCUGCAUCAUGGCGCAGUCUAUCGUGGGUUCGGACAACGUGCAGCCAUACAAGUUCUCUGACUGCUCAAAGAAUGACUACAUCAAUGAGCUGAGGAUCGGACAGGGGCUGUGUUUGCUCAAUAAACCUAAUGAGCUGGUGAUACACCAUCAAUGCGGCAACGGCCGGCUGGACGAGGGUGAAGAGUGCGACUGCGGCACCAUCGCCGACUGCCAGAGCCUGAACCCGUGCUGUGAUCCGUUCACGUGCCGGCUGACCAAGGAGGCGCAGUGCGCGUCGGGCGAGUGCUGCGAGCGGUGUCAGCUAAAACCUCGAGGCGUGACCUGCCGGGACGCCACCAACGAGUGUGACCUGGAAGAGACCUGCACAGGUCUCUCGGGAACCUGCCCACCUGAUGCCCACAGGAAGAACGGGGAGACCUGUGAUGAGGGCAAAGGCUACUGCUUCUCGGGUCAAUGCCCCACGCUGAACCUCCAGUGCGAGAGGAUCUGGGGUCCAGGGUCCGAUGGCGCUGAUAAGGAAUGCUUUGAGCAGUUCAACUCGAAGGGUGCCGUGACCGGGCAUUGUGGGAAGGAUAAUGGCGGACAUUAUAUAAAAUGCGAGAUUGAGAAUGUAAGGUGCGGCUCGCUUCAGUGCCAACAAGGUAACCGGUACCCGGUUGUCCAGGGAAUGGACGAGUAUUACACGAGGACCGUCAUCGUGGUCAAAGGGAACGAGUACGAGUGCAAAGCUACCACCGGUCUUCCGAAGCACUCCGAGAUCGGGCCAUUGGGUCUGGUGCGGGACGGGACGCCGUGCGGAGACAACCUGGUCUGCGUCAACCAGACCUGCACCUCCAUCUUCCCUUACAUCGACCACACCAAGUGUCCAACGGAUCAUAAUAACAACGAGUGCUCUGCUAAAGGGCUUUGCUCAAACCUCAACAAAUGCGUGUGCAACCGGGGCUGGACAGGGCCGGACUGCUCCCAGCCGGACGCCCUGCCCCCCUCCCCCACCCCCUACGUCCCGGACAACUCAACAAAAGCCGCCUACAACAUGACCAAGAAGGAAACACCGUAUGGUGAACACGAGGGGAAUAAGAUGAGCACAAUGAACAUGGUGAUAUUGUUGCUCGCUGUCGUGCUGUCUGUGUUCGUGGGGUUCGCCUGGAUGGCGUACUGCUUCAGGAAAAAGAGUACAUUGCCGAAGUACGACCCUCCAUACGUGAAGAAACCCAUCGCGAAGAGCUUCGCGGCGGGAUCAACGACCUCCAACAACUCUCAAGAGGACAUCUCGCUGGAUGGCGGGAAAAUGCACUCCUUCAAUAACACAGUCAGCCGUGGAGACUCCAGGGUCUUCUUCAGGCAUGGUAACCACAUGUCGGGGGCUGGCAACACUAGUAGAUAUCCAGAUCACAAACAGAUGAAGAGAGUACAUUCUGGAAGUGAGGAUGAACCAACGCAUUCAGGUGAAGAGGACAUAGCGUUCAUCGACGUCGCACCGAACUCUAUGGCCAAACUGCCCGAGAAGGGUAUCCUCAAGAAGCACGGCUACGGCGCUGUGGACGGCAAGGACAAGUGGGCGGACGAUUCUCAGUCUGAACAGCUCGAGGCUGGCUCGCAGUCUGAUGGACAGGAGCCAGCAGGCGCUGUGGCUGAUAUGGAAUAUAAGUUUAAGGAUCUGAACGGCUACCACGAGAACAUAAUCGUGGCGUUGAAGUCUGCGGCUGCGCAACGCGCCGCCGGCGGCGCUCCGAGAGGUUCCGGCGACCUCAGAGCCCUGCAGGACUACGAGUACAAGAGGGAGAGGGUGCCGAGUGCGGAGAAAAUACACGAUGAUAUGCGACGGCAGCGAGGUGAUGAUGAAGAUGAUGAACCGCCGCCGUGCGGGUCGAUACGAAUCAGGAACCUGGAGGACCUGAUUCGACAGCUGGAGCACCAUUCCAGCAGGCACAUGAGUCCGUCGGGCUCGGAAGACAUCCGUAUGUCGGAAACCGAAGCCGAUAGACAUUAUAGAAUCGAGCCGGGAGAAGUGCCUCCUAGGUGCCGCGGGCGGAUCGGCGAGGAGGAGUCCCGCUUCGGCUACCCCCGCUUCCGGGGCAGCGGGCGGCACCACGCGCCGCUGUUCGGCGCCGGCGCGCCCGCCGUGCCCGCGCCGGCCGCGCUGCCGCACGCUGCGCACGCGCCGCACCCCGCGCACGCGCGCGCCGCGCCCGACGACGACGCGCUGUACGAGACGGCGGACGCUGAGCGUUUGAGAGACGCGCCCGACAGCGAGAGUGAUGAAUUUAUUCAAGCUCAACAACAGUUAGCCCGAUGGGCGAGUGAAGACGCGGUGCCGGCGGCGGCCCGGCGCGAGUACUUCCCGUCGCCGCCCGGCACGGCCCCGCCCGGCCCGGCGCCCGCCGCCUUCCCAGAAUACAAGCACUGACCGCCGCCGUUGCCGCCGCACGGCACGGAAAUGCGUUAUGCGUAGAUUGAGCCGUGUGCGUCUCGAAAUGUUACGGUUAAAUUUGAAAAUGGAAAUUGUUCGCUCUGUUUGAUUGGGUCGUUUUGAUUAAUUGUAAUUCGUAAUCGUGUUAAUUUAUUGAUAAUGUAGAUAAUUUAAAAAUGGAAUUGAUACUGAAAGCUGUAUUCAUAUUUGAAAAAUGUCGUGUAACAAAUUGUCUUAAUUAUUUCACGGUAGUUAAUUAUUGAAAAAGAAAUUAAGAAAGAAAGUAUUUUUUUUAUCUUUAGUUAAUGUAAAAGAAACUGACUCUGUGAAAGUUACCAAACAUUUCGAGAUGCGUUUCUUACACAACCGGUCCGGCAUAAAUGCCAUUUGACGCAUCUCCCACGCAGUAGUAAAAAAGAUUUCACACAAAGUGCGCUGAUAACUUGCGUAGCUCAAUUCCGCAAACAAGAUGGCGUCUGAUAUUUCAAUCAACUACAGACAUCCCCGAAAAAUACAGGUGUUAACUGCAGUGCCUCGAAGUAACCCGACGAUUCAGCGGCGAAAAGCGAAUGGACAUAAUGCGCAUGCGCGGUUAGUGUUAAAAGUGACGUAUUAUAUCUCUGUACUCCGGGCAUUUCGUGACCCUUAGCCUCUAGAUUCGAUGUAACGAGCUCUGUUUGCACUGUUAGGUUAAUCACUUAACGACUAGUUUAACCGUUAGUAAAACACAAUAAAUCUUCUCACGCGUAGCUAAAUUAAAUAGUGAAUUGGAUGGAGGCGAGGCCGAAGCGCCGACGCUUUGUACAAUACAUAGUUAUUGUUAGAAGUGACUUGUAAAUAUUGAACUAAAGUAAUAUGCACUAAAAAAAUAUGACUGAACUUAUAGUAUUUGAAACGUUUAGAGUUAACUGUUGAAUGUAAGGUGGAGUGUGCCCGCGCGCCGCCAGGGGCGCCAUUACGUUGAUACGUAAAUAUUAUAUUUGUUCCAUUAAAACGAUGCGCUUUAUAACUCUUAUCUCUGUUCGGGAUCCUUUGGAGGCGCGCCGGAGUGUAUGUCUAAAGUAAAUUUAAGUCUUAACGUUUUAUGGAUGUAGUUAAGGAUGUACGGUGCCGAGGUCUUGUGGACGUCGAGUUCCAUUUCGUUCGACCUCCCGACAGAAGCUCAAGUAGCUUGCAAAUUAGAUAGGCAAUUAACAAAUUGAGCUGUUGUAAUCGUAAGCGAAGCUUUAAUGUAACACGUCUUAGUUUUGAAUGUGGUAUCACCGCAGUUGAGCUCGACGUCGAUUCGAUCCGAAUGUUUUGUUAUACAAAUGAUUUUAGUGGUGGAUUCAAUUCCGUUGCUUGGCUCCCAUGUGUUCACGCCGCACGGCCCGACUUGGCCGUAAGAGGAGAAAUACUCAAGAUCAACACAAUACUAUUAAGAAGAGUAACAGAUUUGAAACUCGGCACGCUCAUUUUGUAGACAAAAUGGGCGGGGAAAAUUCUUUAGCUCCGAUCAUAAGGUUUCACACUAUAAAUAAUUUCAACAAACAGUUAAAUAAAUGUUGCCGUUUCCAAAUUGCAGAUUGUUCUGUUUGAUCAUUUGAAUAGUAAUAUUUAUGUUGAGCUCGAGUAUCGCUCCGUCUCGAAGUAGGGCGACAACGCAACCGUCCCCGGAGAGAACCAAUCGCUUUCAUUCCGCAUCACCUCUCCGAAAAAGCGCCCAACUUCAAUGUUACCUACACUUCUCGCGUCUAGGGUAAUGGAACACCAAUAACAAACAAAUGUAUUCGUAAUUCUAUUACUAGGUUUUGUAUUGAAACAGUUGUGUUAACCGUUGUUGCAUCCGACUUCAGAGAUCUCGAAUCACCGUGCACAAUAAUUUCGUAUAUAAUAAUAGCCUACAUACCUAACGUACACAUAUUCUAAAACUUUAAUGUGAAUAAAAGUUAUUUCGACUUAUCAGAAUAUCUAUUAUUAUUAUUAUAUUGACUUAAACGAAUUUACGCUGAUAAAAUGAUGUGGAAAGAUGUAUGUUAUAAAAUGUAAUAUGUUAUAGUUUCUCGUUCAUUUUAUUGUGACAAUUUAGAACGUUAUCGUUUCAUUCGCGUUUACGCUAGGUUAGGUGGCGCGGCCACGGAUGUAACUCGUAGGUACACGUAACUUACAGUUAAAGUAUUGAAUAAAUAAUAAUAAGCCUCGUAUCGGCUGCUAUCACUCUGGUACGAUGUUCACUGGCGCUGUGAGGCCCCGCGCCCUGAUUCAAAUAAUUACUCUCAUAGAUAUACGUUGUAACUUAAGUAAGUCUAAAUAGAUACUAUGAACACGUACAGGGUAGAUGUGAUUGCAAUACUCUGUGGCUGGGCGACGUUCGAUUCUUGCGAUAAGGGGUCCAAGGUUCAGGGCUCGGAAAAUCCCAACUCAUGGUCACCCUAUCUCGUGUCGAGCUCACGGAUAAUCAGCCGACGCGCAAUCAAGAUGUCGGACAUAGCUUCACGAACUUAGAAUGGAUUUAUUAGAGACGAUAAUAUAUUGAUAAAUAAUUCUAUUGUGAAGAUAUGUCCUGUUGCCACCUUCGAUGUCAGCAACGCGUUGAUUGUACAUAGCGCUGUGUUUGAGAGUAUCCUAUGCACACUGUGUAGACAAGACCAUAUAUUUAUAUAUAAAUGUGUAAAUGUGUUUUUAAGGUACUGUAUGGGUAAGGUGGUUUACACAUGAUGUCUAAUGAAAUUAAUAUUACAAAUAUUAUUGUUAAUAAAAUAGCAAUCGAAGUCGAAUUAAAAAUAUACAUUCCUCAGUAAAAUGCUGAGUUUAAUCAUUGAUAUAUUUGAAUGUAUCCAAAUGUAAUAGGACUCCGACAUUGGUGGCUCUAACGAUCUGUAAAUAAUGUAUUGUGAAAUAAUGAAUCUGGUUGUUUUCGUUGUAAUUACUUGUCUAAAUAAAUAAAUGAUUGGAUUGACUGAUUGUCAUGUGUGGACUGCUGUAAGAUUGCGCGUUCGGGCGAACGUCGCCUGCCAGCGACGUCGCGUGCGCAACAUAAUGUCUAAUCGAUAUAACUAACCCGCAUUUUGAACACGAUCUAUUGAUAUAAAACAUGUUUACAUACAAAAAAUAAUCACGCUGUUCACAAAACAAAUCUCCAAUCUUACAUCGCGGAGUUUUAAAAUGAAUCAGAAGUCUUGACACUGUGACACUGAUCUUAUGCACUCAUAAAAUUUCUAAGCGCAUUGCAUAGGAGUCUUCUAUGUAUACAGUGAGAUCAACAUUACGUUACAUAAAUUCGUAGCGCAUGCAACAUUUGUUUAAUGCCACGACGAUUGUCUUCAUACAAAACAUACGCUACGAUUGCUACGAAUAUCCGUAGCAGUUGCGUAGCGCAUACAACGGUCGCUUAUCUAAAAUAUGUUGCAAGCUCUACAAGCGUUGCAAGUUAUCGUAGCCAAUACAUAAAAAGUACGUAGCCACUAAAUUGUCGUGUUCAAAGUGCGCAUAACUUGUGCGAGCGAGAUAAAUAACACGCCUCGCCGUUUGAGCGUGUAAGUGCGAACGUGACAGCGCACGCGGCGUUCAGAUAGUGUACGCGUAGGCCUAACACGUCAAUUGCGGAGGGCGCCGGACACCGCCAUUGCUCACGGCAGUGUUCCUCUUUAUGUGAAUGUUCGUAAAUUAACCGAUAAUUGACAAAUGUUGAUAUUUACCUAUAUUAACUAACACUAAUCUACACACCAUUUGCGUCAUCACAUCACAAAAACAUUGGCAACCUGGCUUGAAGAUGCAUCAAAUAGCACACAAACCAGGAAGCUAAAGAAAAAUGCAUUUUACUCAAAGGAAAAAAACAAACCUAAAGUGAAACAAAUAAAACAAAUAAAAAAAAAAACUAAUCUACACUGACUAUCUCUUGGCGGCAGGCAUAAAUUCCAGAUAUCGUGUUUGUAUUUUGGAGAUUGUCAUGUGCAUUUAAUUUUUAGAGUUUAUUUGAUAUAAAAAGAAACUCUGUUUUCUUUUCCUAAAAUAAGCCAUCAGCACUAAAGCUGACAUUUAGUUGUACAUACUAUUACAAACAUGUUUUAUUUUUCUUGCAAAACAGAUUUAAUUAAAAUUAUACUAAACAGACUUCAUAAAAGGAGUAGGCUCUUAAUAGAAUAUUCAACGAAAGUGAAAGAGGAAAUAAUUAUUGCUCAAAUUUUAAUAUUUUUACGAACAUUCGUAUAAUCAAAAAGCACUGCCUAACUACUGAUUUAGAUAUGUUAAGUGAUAUUAUGUAAUAUAAAAAUACGAAUUUUAAACGAAAAAAACGUUGACACGUUG